GCAGCACACGCACAUCCCUGGGCUGGCACAGCCAGCAGGGCUCCAGGGCUAGCAACAGGCGGUGCAUUCCCUACCAAGGGCAGGGCCAGGCGAAGAGGGAAAGGGGAGGAGAAGGCAGAGUGAUUAACUCGCCCACUGUGGGAGCUUCUCCCCUAUUUAAUGGGGAUCUCUGAAGAGGCCAGGUCAGAGGCAGCUCCAGGACAGCAGGAGCAUGGCAGACCUGGAGCUGGGCUUUGGGGAAGCAACCAGCAUGGAAAUGCUGUCUACGGAGAGCUGCAGCCACAGUGGGCCCACGGCCAGAGCCCGGCUGGGAGCCAGGAACAAGGGCAUGCGCUGCCUUCUCACCUGCUGCCUGGUGUCGCUCCCCAUCCUCACGGCACUCACAACCUACCUGCUGGUCAGUCAGCUCUGGGUCCAAGGCGAGGACUGUGUUCAGUUCCAGCAGAUUGUAAGUGAACAGAGGUUUGGACCUGCACAUCAGCGAGCUUACACAUCACUCAGAGGUGACAGAGACAAGCCGAGGGCACACCUGACCGUUGUGAGACAAACUCCUACACAGCACCUGAAAAAUCAGUUUCCGGCUCUGCACUGGGAACAUGAACUAGGCCUGGCCUUCACCAAGAACCGGAUGAACUACACCAACAAAUUCCUGGUCAUCCCCGAGUCAGGAGACUACUUUGUUUACUCCCAGAUCACAUUCCGUGGAACCACCUCCGAGUGUGGUAACAUCAGUCCAGGGAGACAACAGAACAAGCCAGACUCCAUCAUCGUGGUCAUUACCAAGGUAACAGACAGUUACCCCGAGCCCUCUCAGCUGCUCACGGGGACCAAGUCAGUGUGUGAAAUAAGCAGCAAUUGGUUCCAGCCCCUCUACCUUGGGGCCAUGUUCUCCUUACAGGAAGGGGACAAGCUGAUGGUGAACGUCAGUGACAUCUCUCUGGUGGAUUACACAAAAGAAGACAAAACCUUCUUUGGAGCCUUCUUGUUAUAAGGGGAAGCCAGAAAUUACUGCGUGAAGGAGCCAUGACUCCUAGCUUCCAAUUUUCUGCAUUCGUGUAUAGAUUAUAGCCGUGGGUUUUCUGGAUCAGGGGUAGAAGAUAUUCCACAGGGAGAGUGGUUUAGCUAUGAAAUAUAUGGCCCUUAAAUUUACACUGUGUAUGCCUUCCUGAUGAGAAUUCUAAUUGGGAAAAAAAAGCAGAAGAGAAGACAUAGAGUACUGUGGUGGCUCAGAGGAGUGUUGAGUGUCUAAAUAUUGUCCACCAAAUGAAUGUAUGAUCUACUCAGCUCAGGAUGUAAAGAACAUUCCCACAUCUUCCUGUGCCAUGCUUGUCACCAGUAAUCCAGUUAUUAUUCAACUUGAUCAUAAAUUUGCUUCAGUUCAGAAACUUCAGACAACAUCCAAAGAAAACGCAAGAGAAUGGUAUAAACCUUCUGGAGGCAAACAUCUUUUAUCAGUAUUUCCAUGUACUUCCACGCCUAGCCUAAAAAAAUGGAAAGAGCUGAUAUUUUUCAUGAAUGUUCUCCAAAAAGGAAUGGGUUUUGAUACCAUAUAUUGCCUAUGAGAAAAGCUGCCUUUCCUUUGAUUAUGUAAACAGUUGUCAAUUUAAGUAAGUGUGAGUUCUAUAUGCAUAUCAAAAAUAUAGCAAUGGCAUAUAUUCAGCACACCUUUCUUGGGUACUGAUUCUGGAUACUAGUUCAACCUAGAGGACACUAUGAAGAGCAAAGACGGAUUCUACACAGUGUCUAUAAAAAUUGCUGAUGCUUCCUCAUUAAAUAUCAAUCAACUUUUGCCAAAGAAUAACUUUAAGUCUGAAAAAUAUUAUCAUCUGAAACUGCUAUUUCUGGCACAGUCCUGGGAAAGCUGUCCAGCAGGUUACUCAGAAAACGUAAUAGCAGAUUUCUUGUAAGGUAGACUGACUGUACAACAAACCACAGACUUAUUUUCUGGGAAGGAAAGAAAUGUCAGUCAUCAAAUCUGGAGCGGUUUCCACUGGUCUGCUUUGAGGUUGGAUUUGUGCCUUUAUAUGCUGAGUGCUAUUCAAGCAUUUUUCCCUGAAAAUAUUCAAAGGGAUUUGAAUGUAAAAUUAGCUAAUCAACCCAGAGAAGUUCUUCUCCUAAGAAGAGAAACUGGACACUGUGUUGUAGUGGGCUCGUGUCUUCUGGUCAGGAAGAUUUUCCUGCACUGCUGUAUCAAGGGCAGGAGGGCUGGUUCUGCUCUCCUUACCCGCUAUUGGCUGAUUUGUAAAACAAGAACCCAACUAUUUGUUUCCCAGGAUCAAGUGAUCUCAUUGGAAUGAAACAGGUUAACUUUCUGCAUUCUGUGUAGUCUGAGAGCAGUUCAGUGUAACGUAGCCAGGUACCUCCAGCACCUUGGUUUCUAUCAUAAAUGCUCCUAGCAUGGGAGACCUUACAGAUGGAUCUGAGGGCAAAUUUUCCCCUUAAUCACUCUUACUUUGGUUGCCAAGAAACUACAGAGACAGAGAGAUAUGUGAUGUGACUCCUGAACACAGUGACUGGUUAAGUAGUAACUUGUUGACUAUCAAUUAAUACAAAUUAACUUCAGGUGCCUUCAUUGAGAGGGUGAGACUUGCUGUAUUUUCUAACCUCUGCUAGACUCACUCACACUAGGCCUCCUCCUCGCCUUCAGCUUCCCAAAACAGCACGGCACACAGUGAGCGCCCAGGAAAGGGUGUGGUCACCUCCACCUGGUCCUCUCAGAUCUUUAUAGAGGAAGUGAAGCCUGAAAGAAGGUGGGCAGCCCCAAGAUGACUAUGGGGAAAGAGCAUCCCAAAAAGAGGAAUUACCCUUUGCUUAAAGCAGAAAAGAGGUUUCUCAUUAACUCCAAAACUACCUUGACAAGAAAAUGUUCCCUCAACCCACUCUGAGCAAAAUAUUUAUUGGUAGAUCCACAAUGCCUCAUCCUUCUCUAGCCUGGCUCCAAGAUCCCAUUAAGAAAAUUAAAAUGUCCUGUCUACACUGGUCUCCUGGGUGCAUGAGAACAUCAAGCAACUCAGACAUUCAGUAAAGGAUUUGCAUAGAAGAUUCUAGAAUAAGCAUUCACUUUCUCCACUGAAAGGAGGUCUAUGCCAAGGGCCUUCAAACCUCCCACAGGGGAUCUGAUGGGCUUGGAACACAGAACACAGAAAUUUUCCCAUAUCCUAAGACACUGAAGGCUUAAUCCUUCAGUGGGGAAAUCCUUACCACAUUUUUAUUUUGUUGAAAAAUGCAGCUCAAGUUUUUACUGCUGGUUUUAUUAAAAUCUUAAACAAUGUACCUUUUCUAUUUAGAAAGCUAAUGCCAAACAUUCCUAAAAGGACUCAAGUCAGAGCUCCAAGGCAGUCACCUCCAUAGCAAACAUUAGUGCACUACGAUUCCUCUAAAAGGGGAUAAUGAGAUGUGUUCAAAGAUUUGGGAGAGAGGGAACAUGCCUUAGAAAAUAGCUCAUUUAAACGGGGAGGGGAAUGCUUUGCCGGUUAAAUGUCUCUCAUAAAGCUAAACUCAAAUCAAUUCCACAAACAUUUACUGAGUACCUAAUCACCCUGGGGACACAGAAGUAAAUUAUUUUCUUCUAGACAUGUUAUUCUAAUAUCUCCAUUAUCUGCAGAGCUUUUAAUUUAUUUUGUUUGUAUUAGUUGAUCCAUCAGCUAACUUCAGGCACACGGAUAUUCUAUUAUUGUGAAAAUGAGUGCCACUUGAUGAAGGAGUGUCAUUAACAAAGUGAUGUGUAUUUACUCUAAGUGUUUUUUAAAUAGCUUCUCAAGGACAGUUUUUCAUAAGUAUAGAAGGGGAAGGAACAAAGACACCACCCUAUGGUGGAACCCAUUCUGUAAGCUGCAUGUAGUGAGAGGUUGUUGCUAGUCUGAAGGGUAGUAUUCAACACUCUUGAAAAUACUAGACCUUUUAAGGUGAACGGAGACACCUUAAAAAGUAUGUGUUUCCUCAACAAUGUAGAAAACAUGAUCAAAAUUCAUGGGUCACUCACAUUUUGCCCUUAGCAUGGUUUAGAUCUGUGUGGGAAAAUAGAAUCAAAAUAGAAUUAAUCAGCAGGUUACUAAAAGUUCUGAUUUUUUUAAAUUAAUGCACAACAGGAAAAAAAAAGUGUAUCGCUUCAUUUCCUGAAACAUCUCAGGUUCAGUUCAGGAAGAGGGCAUUCCAGAACACUUGGCUUCAUUUCAGUCACCCAGGAGGAAUUUCCAACUCUAUGCUUCUCAAUAAUCCUUCCGGAUGAUAAAAGUUCAGCUAGCUCACUCUGCAUGAGGGAUGGCUGAUGCCAGCAUUCUCUUGCAAGGUAUUUUCUCAAGUGCUUACUCAACGCUGUUUCCAUGAUUGUGACACUGGGGAUUAACUUUUAGGACAGGUCUGUUUAUAAUCUGUACUUUGCAAAACAUAUGCUGAUGUGUUUUGCCUCCAGAUUUCCUGUUCACUUAGAACCGAGGUGCUAGAAUUCAUUUUCAGCAGAACUUUCUUUCAGUGUACAUUAUUACCCUGAAUAUUAAUACCAUUCAUCAUAUUGGAAACUAGCCCUUUGGAAAAUUCAAUGAGCCAUUAACCCUAGAAUUUUGCACUUUGCACCAGUGGUAAGAAUAUAAUUCAGAAUAGCCACAUUCAUGGCUGGCCCCACUACUAAUCCUGUGUACAGCUUCCCAAGCUCUGAGAUUUACUUCCUCCCAUCUUUUCCAUCACCCUAUUUUAAGAAGAAAGUACCAUGUCCGUCUGAAUAGAAGUUGCUUGUCUGGGACCAUACAAUGAGUUAAUGGCAGAUCUAGAACUGGAAUUCUGCCUUCCUCACUCAUAAUCCUAGACUAGUUAAAUUCCCCUCUACUCUUGGUAAAUACAAUCCAAUGUAAUAACCGAAGAAAAAAUUGAAGAAAGACAGGAAUAUCCUCCUACACCAUGGGGCAAUAUAGAAGGGGGAGCAGAUGUUGCCCAAGUGUCCCCAAAAGAAAGAGCUGGGAAUGAAAAGCUUUGGUUCCAGGCCAAGCUUCUCUGGCCUCAUACCCAAAUGACUUUCUCUCCUCAAGUAGAAGCUCUUCAGGUAGGGAUUUCUCCUGCACUGGAGAUAUUCAAACCUAGAGUUUUGUAGAAGCCAUUCUUCCAUUUAGGCUGCAGAAGUGACCGAGUCAAAGGAUUUGUGAGGUCUUUUCCUAAUUGUUGACUGUGUAAUCAUCUUUUAAGUGACUCAUGUGCAUUCUAUUUGAUGAAGAGCCUGGCAGCCUUGUCACCCUCUCAGUGGUUCCCAGUAGCUGUCAUUUCUCACCUGUUCAGAGAGUGUCCAACACAAAGUGACUCCGAGAUCUUGGCUGAUAGAGAAAUGUCAUGGAAUUCAAGCACUGACAUUACCUACAGAGUUUAUCUAGUCCGAGUUACAUCAUUUCAAAGAUGAAGGAAGUCACGCUUCGAGAGAUGACAUAAGUGGCCCUAGGCCAGACAGUAGCAAGUUGGAGCACUGAGACCAGAAUUCCUAUCCCCUGACGCCAAGCCCAGCAGUCUGUCAGCUUCACCCAUGAAUCAUUUGUCUUUGAGCAUCUGUCACAUAGCAGCACUUAGCCAGAUGCUGGAGGUCUGCGAGGGAUAAUGACAGGCAAGUCCUGCUCUCAUGACACAGGCACGCGGGAGGAGAGAGAUCUGCACUGUGGAGUAAAUAAAGUGGCCGCGUUUAAAUGAUUUUAUUUUUAAAGUCAUUAAAAUUUGUAUUUUCCCCUCUUUGUUUCAGGGGUAUAGAGAUUGAACAAAUGAAGGUGUUUCUGUGACUUUAGUGAUAAGCCCCAUGUGCUUUUACUGAUUUUGUUUUAUGUUAAAACGCCACAACCCCAAGGUAAAAUGCAUAUUGUAUGUUGUUGGAUAUGUAAUUAACUGGUACACGUCCCGUGGCUUUGGACACUAUCCUAUGAAUUCCAAUCUCUGUAAAUGAAAGGUUUUAUAUGUUAAUGUAUUUCAUAGAUGUAACUUAAUAAACUGGCAUUGAAGGCUGA